CUAAGCUUUUAGACAGUCGCUGAAGUGACGUAGGGCAGAAUGCAGAACAGGGCCGUAGAGCCCCCAACUAAUUAAUAGAUUAGCAGUGAUAUUAAAUUGGAUCCCGUUGAAAUCAGUCGCAUUAAUCGAAGCCGCCCCAUCGGAUUCAACGAACGACCCUCGCGUGAAAGCUUACCGGCAACGUUAGUUCUUUUGGAAAAGCACACACGUUCGAAAAGAAUCUGUAACAAUAAAGACAAGAGGAGGGUGUUGAGGUUAUUCAACCCCACGAGUGCAGCUUCAGUGAGGCAGAAGUGACAGAGAAAGCGCAGCACAACAGGUCAAAGCAUGAGUAAUUUGCGAAUUUGCCAGGCCAUGUCCCUGAAUCCCAAGGUAUCCUUAACCAAAUCUGCACCUGGAUCGGAAUCUGUAUCCUCGAGGGUCUGUAUUAUGGGCUGCCAGCUGGAAAAUCCCAAGGAACUGCGACGCUUUCCCGUCCAUGAUCCCCAUCGCUGCCAACUCUGGCUGCGUCACUUUGGCAUCAACGAGAAACGCUUGGAUCAGCUCGGCGGCCUGCAAAAGCUGCGCAUCUGCCUCAGGCAUUUUAGCCAACGCGAAGAGAUGGCCAAAACCCGCAUCAAGAUGACGCCGUUGCGCAAAAGUACCAAGGGAAUAAUGCUAACCAAUAAUUCGGGGUCUUUUGGAAGCAUGGGAACAGCAGGAGGAAUAGCAGCGGGAGGAGGAGGAGGUGCAGCCAAGAUGGUGGUGAAUAGCAAUGCCAUACAAAUUGAAGAGAAACUAAUCAGAGAUGUGGAUAAACCACAGCAUCAGACCAAGAAACCAUUGACUAUUAUGCCCACUAUGCCGCAGCGUUCCCAUUCAAUUAGUUCCUCGGCCUCCAGUGAUGUCCAGUCCAUCAAUUCAGACUACGAGGCGUCAUUGCCACUGUCCACCUUGGUGGUGGAUAACCCAAAUGGGAAUAACAAUCGCAUUGAGAAUGGACAAUCGAAGAAAAGGAAACUGUAUCUUAUUACAGAGAAAUCCGAUGAAACCAAUGGCCAUAUUUUGGAGACCAAUGGACAGCCGAAAAAGCGCAAGAUGUUCGUGGUCGUAGAGCAGGAGAAGGAGUCAUCGACUGGCAAGAAACUAAUGAUAGUGACUGAUAAGCCACAGGCUGAUCUCACCCAGCAUUUGGAGAAGUUGCUGCCGGAGAUCUUGAAUCGCAUACAGGACAAGGAUAAGCAAAAGCUAAUCAAACCCACACCAGUGGUGGUGAAAUCCAAACCGGUGGUUGUUAACAACCCGACAAUUAUCACUAAACCCCACAUCACAUUGCCGCCCAAAAAGAAUCCCACAAAUUUUGUGAAGCUGGAAGCGAGUCCUGUGCCCUCAAACGCCGUUCAAAUGCCACUCCCAAUGCAGAAUAGCAAGCCCAAGGCUAUGGAGGAGGAGGAAUCACUUAAUCCUGAAGAGAUUGAGACUAAUAUUAAUCUGUCGCCGGAUUUCCGUUUCCUUAUGAAGAUCCUGCCCAAAUUGGAGCAGUUGCCUGAGCCGCACAAACAGAAUGUGAAGCGUUCCAUUCAGAUUUUUGUGGAGAAAAGCUACAGUAUCUAUGGCAAAAAGGAUUAAUCCAAUCGAUUAAGCAGUAUUGAAACUAUGAUUUCAUUUCCAUACGAGUUUCCCCCAUUAUCAGAAAACCAUUUUUCAUUACAUUUGUCCAAGACUGAAGCAGAACCAAUAUUAAUUAUUUAAGACAGUUUAUGCGGAACUGAAGCAGCUCCUAAUUCAGAUAUCGAUCCAUAAAAUUUGAUAUCCAUAAAAUUUGAUAGAUAUUACCCGAAUAAUUGGCGAUUUCUGGGUAGAUUUUGAAAGCCAUAAAAAUGUAAAUCUUAAGAUUGAAGUUCUUUCUAUAUUGAAUAUAUGAAAGCAAUUUG